GGCAACAAUGCGCGCCGGGGAUGGAGUGCUCAAUCGGCUCCAGCGCUUCCUUCUCAGCCGCGAGCGCUCACAGGUCUUCCCACAUUCCCGAUUCCUAGCACCAGCGCCAGCGCUGGAGCCCGGAAUCUCGCCCAGGGUUUCGUGCUUCUUCUUCUCCACGGGUUCCAAUCCGAUCAACUCGCCUCCAGCGCCAUCGCAUGAGCAAGGCGGGCGAGAGGAACCCCCACGGCCGCCGCCGCCGCCAUCACCGGCGUCGUGGAUCCGCGCCAAACUCACGGACCUGGGCCGGGAUCUCAAGCUGGUGCCGCCGCUGGCCAGAUCCCUGGGCCUCGCCGGCGCCAUCCCCUUCGUCGCGCUCUCGCCCCCGAUCGCCUACGUCCUCCCGCUGCUGCUGCUGCUCGCCAAGGAUUUGCCGCGCAGGGUGGAAUCCAAGAUCGAGGCGGCCAGGAAGGAGCGUUGAAUUGGAGGUAGCUUAGCUUGUGUUUCUUAUGCCCAAGUUGUCUAUAGUCAUGUAGUAUGCCAUAUGCCCAAGACUGGCAUCUGUGGAAAACCCUGGUUUUUGCAGUGUAUCACCGGCAUUUUGAGAAUGAUCUUGCGUUACGUU